CAUCUUACAGGGCUGUUGUUGUGCAAAAAUUAGGAAGAGGAAGGAGUGUUAGGAAUAUUUGCUUCCUUGAGUUAUUUAUAAAAAUGAUAAAGGUGGGAUACUUUUUUAAAAAAAAAACUUAAUGCCUGAAAACAUAGUACUGAAGAAACCUUACCACACAACUGUGAUAGUAUAUAGUUAUUACAAAAGAGGUAAGGUCUAUAGAAAUAAUUUUUAACCGUCAUUAGGAUAUUUUCCAGCGUAUUAUGUUGCAAACGUCAGGAAGCUGCCUCCAUACAAGGCAUCCUGUUUAUGGCCUUGCAAGACCUACCAAGCCCGAGGCGUCUUUCACGUGCUUAUGCUUUCUCAAGAUGCGCCUUACCCAAGUAGAGGCGAAUUCUUCCACUUUUUCGCUCACAAAUCGGUGCACUGCAAGCACGAAGGGCAACAGCAGCAGGGUUCAACCCCCCCCCCCAAAAAAACCCUUGUCUUUCGCCCUACACGGAGAGGAUACAAAAGCGAGCGGGGAGAGCUUUUCUAAGUGGGCGCUUUGCUUACGGUUAGCUCAUGGCGGAUUCUCCCGACCUGUGCCCUAAAAGAGGCUCAGCCUGCCCAAAGAACUAGCACUUACGGGCACCACAGCCCCUUUCUUCUUCCACCCAGGGAAACCCCAUCCCCGCCUAGGGGCUCUACAACGCGGCCUCCGAUCCCAAAGGGGAGGGGGGACGCGACAAGCCGAGGAUUUGGUGGCUUCCCACCGUGGGAAGAGGAGGGAGAAGGUGGGGCGGAAACGGAGAGAAAGAGCACGAGAGUGGCAGAGUGUCCCUAACGGCUUUUAUCUACCAGCCCAUAACCACGGGGACGUGGGCGGGGCUCAAAAGUGCACGCGGGAGGAAGGGGGGGGUGUUCCGUGCAUGCGUGUGGAACCGAAGAGGGCACUGAAUUCUCUUUUUCUCGAGCACGCGCGCGGCGGCAAUGCCUGGACUUCGUCAGCCCGCCCCCCCUUCCCUCCCCUGCACAUUCUGUGUCCCGGGUGGCCGCAGCAGUUCCUCGGGGCCCAGUGUCCUUGUGCGGAAAUGACACACGGUCCCGUCACGUCACGCGAGAGCGGAGCGCGCGGACCCUCUCGCACACAGAUACACGCGCGCACUCACUCACACACGCACACUCACACAAAGCGCCAAGGGGGAGGGAAAGCCGGGGGAACCAGACACGGCCGUUCUUUUUUUAAAAAAAACAAAACAAAACACAAACCCACCCGAGACCAAGAAGCCAGGUGUCCCCACCCUCCUUUUUUCCACAGUGCCUAAGACGGAGCCAGAGAAACAGAAUAUGAAUUCAGCUGAAUUGUUUGAUGAUGAAGAUAAUACUGACGGUAUUAAAAAUAAUAUGAAAGGAGAAACUGAUAAAGAAGAUGAAGCGCUAGACUGCUCUGUGAUUUCAAGACCUGAAAAAAAUUCACUGGAUGGUUUAAUAACUUGCCUACAAGACAUCAACAAGCGAAAACGAACCUCAUUUUGCUUUGAUGGUUCAGGGAACCACAAAGAAAUUCUGCCAAGUGUGAAAAAAAGAGGCAUUACCCAAGAGGAUCAGACCUCAAACUUGAGAUGUAGAGAUGGAUUGCCUACUCAGGAAGAUGUUGAGCAGCCAAGCAAGAGCAAAAAUUCCAGUCUAACAUGGAUUUGUGAGGAAACAUUGAAUAACACUGUUAUGCCUUCAUAUAAGAAACCUCUUUAUGGGAUCUCUCACAAAAUUACAGAGAAGAAGACUUUGCCAGGAACAGAACAGUUUACCACCUUUGAGUUAUUUGAAAAGAUUAAUCCUAGCAGUCCCUCCAAUCUUAGGACUUCGAAUGAGCAGCGGAAAAGAGAAACAAGUAAUAUUACUGCCGAAUCUGAUUCAAAUAUCUAUUCUUUAAUACAAAAAAUGUUUUAUACACUGAAUACAUUAAAUUCUAACAUGACUCAGCUGCAUAGCAAAGUAGAUCUGCUGUCGCUAGAAGUCAGUAGAAUUAAGAAACAGGUCAGUCCAAUAGAUGCUGUUGCAGAAUUCAAGCCACCUCCUGAAUAUCAGCUGACUGCCUCAGAACUCAAACAGAUUAUGGAUCAAAGUACAUCAGGUGGUGAUCUGGCUUGCCGAUUACUUGUACAACUUUUUCCAGAACUCUUUAGUGAGGAUGAAUUAAGUAAGGCCUGCACCACAUGUGGUUAUCUUAACAAAAAGAAACUUGAAUCACUUCAUCUGCAGCUCAUCCGAAACUAUGUGGAAGUCUGUUAUCCAUCUGUGAAAAAUCCUGCUGUUUGGCAAGCAGAAUGUUUGCCUCAGGUCAAUGACUUUUUCAAUAGUUUUUGGGCUCAGAGAGAUAUGGAAAAUGGUCAAUCAGAUAUACAGUCCUCCAGUUUUUAUGAGUCUGAUCAUAUUAAUGAUAAGGAUGAUGAAGAAGUUCUACCUAUCGAUAGAAAUAUUUCUGUUGCCUCAGAAUGGGUAUUUGAUGCGCAGGAUAUAAAUGAAUUUUUAGAUGAAGCAUCUUCUCCUGGAGAAUUUUGUGUAUUUUUGCUACACAGAUUGUUUCCGGAACUCUUUGAUCACAGAAAAUUGGCUGAAAGAUACAGCUGUUACGGAGAGUGUGGAAAACAAGAACUUGAUCCUCAGCGACUUCAGGUAAUCCGCAGAUACACAGAGAUUUACUUUCCUGCUAUGCAGGAGAGAAAGGCUUGGUUACAGCAUUGUGUUCAGCGAAUAAAUGAUGAACUUGAAAGCAUGUAUAUGGAUGACAGUGAGAAUGAACAGAUAAGAGAUGAUUGCUACGAUUCUUCAAGUUUGCCUGAUGAUGUGUCAGUUAUAAAAGUAGAAGAUAAUUGUGACUAUGAAAGACCAGGUAGAAGAUCAAAGAAGAUUUGGCUUGUGCCCAUAGACUUUGAUAAACUUGAUAUCCCUUCCCCUGAUUUUGAUGUUCCUGUCUCCGAUUAUCUGUUAAGUAAGGAGCAGCUUAAGAAUAUAUAUGAAAGUAGCUUAUCUAUAGGUAAUUUUGCUUCUCGGUUGCUAGUUCACUUAUUUCCUGAAUUGUUUACUCCUGAAAACUUAAGGAAGCAAUACAACUGCAGUGGCUCACUAGGCAAGAAACAACUUGAUCCUAUUAGAAUUAAAUUGAUUCGACACUAUGUUCAAAUGCUGUAUCCAAGAGCAAAGAACGAUAGAGUAUGGACACUGGAAUUUGUUGGGAAACUGGAUGAAAGAUGCCGUCGGAGAGAUACUGAACAGAGACGCACCUACCAAUUGCAGCGAAAAGUCCAUGUACCGGGACCCGAGAGGAGAGAAUUCCUGACCUAUGCAAUAAACCCAGAACGAUUUAAAGAGGAAUUUGAAGGACCACCAUUGCCUCCAGAAAGAAGCAACAAAGAUUUUUGCAAGAUACCACUUGAGGAACUUAUUGUUCCUCCACCAGACUUUUCUGUGCCUUCUCUAUAUUUGCUGUCUGAUAAAGAGGUAAGAGAGAUAGUACAACAAAGUCUUUCAGUUGGUAACUUUGCUGCCAGACUCUUAGUAAGACUUUUUCCAGAGCUUUUUACUUCAGAUAACCUCAGACUGCAAUACAACCAUUCAGGGGCUUGUAACAAAAAGCAGCUUGAUCCUGUCAGACUGAGACUCAUCCGCCAUUAUGUUGAAGCGGUUUAUCCUGUUGAAAAGAUGGAUGAAGUUUGGCAUUAUGAAUGUAUACCUAGCAUUGAUGAAAGAUGCAGGCGUCCAAAUAGAAAAAAGUGUGACAUAUUGAAAAAAGCCAAGAAAGCAAAAAAGUGAUCUUUUAAGUUUCCAAAGAUGGUAACUUCAGUUAUUUUGAAGUAGCUUGAGAGGUCAGUUGGUUUAGCACUAGGGCAACUGAUCAAUACAUCUUUUGUUUCAUAUGUGUUGACACAUACAGGAAAUGGGUAAGAAGUAGGAAGUGAUAAUUGAAUUAGAGUCUCUCUUAAAAGCCCUACUGAAACAAAUGCAUAUGGCGGAAAAAGCUAUUUUAUAACUCCACUUUAGUAUGCCUUUAUGUAGCUUAGAUUUCUUGCUGUUUUUUCAGUUACCACCUACCUAAACUGGAUCACAAGGAACUACAAAUUAUUAAGAAUUGAUCUAAUAAUAUAUCAUCUAAAUAUAAUAUUCAUCAGUGGAAAUAAAUUAGUGUUUAAUUUUUAAUUAAUUUUAAAUAGUAAUUAACUUCUUUAAGAGUUUUCAACAGGGACCUUUAAUCUAUCAUUUGGAAAUUAAUUUUUAAAUAUUUCAAAACUCCAAUUUUAAAAUGUUAUACCUCUUUAAGAAAGAAUGGAAAAUCACAACAGUUUCUAUGCUUAUGAAUACUCCUUGUAUCAAGUUUGAAUAUUAGGAAAGGAAAUAUUGCAAAAUCAAGUUAUCACUUUUAAAAAAUAAUUUUUCAUUUUGUAGUUGAUUUGGUGUAAAAAUUAAAAUUAUAAUCAUGGGGUUAUUUAAUGAGUGUUUAUGUUAAAACUGUAGUAUUGAUUUAAUUUUUUAUUCAUAUAAAUUAUUGUUUUCUGUGUAAUCUUGAUAAAAGAACUACUGGUAUGCGUGGAGAUUGUGAAAUAUAGAAUCCUACUCUGUAUCAGUAAAAGUGGUGCUAUUACCUGUUAUACUCACUACUUCAAAAAAAAAAAUACUUGAAUUGAGGAAUGUGCAAAACACUUAAGUCCAUAUUUUUAUCAGUUAAAUUACUGCAGCUUUUAAACUGUUGAAAAUAUUAAAUAUACUAUCUAUAUUUUUAUUUGAAUUAUAUACUAAACUCUAUCGUAUAUUGAUUAAUUAUCUUCAAAUACAGUGACACCCAAAUAAUUUCAUUAUCACAAAGAUUAUAAACUUCUUUAAUCAUUGUUCAGUUGAUUAAAAUCAUUGAUUAUAUAGUUCCACUAAAUAUAUGUUCAGUAAACAUUAAGACAUUUUUGUUUUGUUUUUUUCUGAAGGGUAUUACAUUGUGUCAGGGCUUUAUGGUUUCUUUUACUGCAAGUCAUGAGAUUCUCAUAAUAGAAUAAAAUCAUAUUCCCAAACUGACAUUUCCUUGUAUGUGCUGGGGCUGGAUUAGAUUGAAAUGAAGUUAACAGUAUUUCAAUCCCACUGAAAUCACUCAUGACUAACAAAUUCCAGUAAGUUGUUCCAUGAAUUUUUACCUGGCAAAAACAAGACUUCCAGAUCCAACCCACUGAUUUUUUUUUCUGAAAUGCCCAUAAAGCUCUCCAGCAUUGGUUUAGAAAAAUUGACCCUUGUCUAUGGAUUUGCUUUCCCCUUGAAUAGUGUAAAUUGCAUACAAGACGAUCAGCAUGUACACUUGAAUGCUCUGUAGUAGAAUGCUUGUUCAGGACUAAGGAUGAUGUCAUUUGACUUCCAGUCAUUUCUAGUUUGAUACACUUGUUACACUUGCAAAUUAUGUAGAUAACAUAUAUGCAUAUAUACACACAUUGUGUGUGUGUGUGUGUGUGUGUGCUAUUGUCUCCACAGAAUCAACCCUCUUUUGAGUUGCUAGGUUGAGCAGCGAGAAAGAGUGACUGACAAGUCACCUUCAUGCCUAAGGCAGGUCUAGAAUUCACAGACUCCUGGUGCUUUAGCCAAACUGGCUUGAACAAUUGAUUUAAAAUGGACAUUUUGUGCAGAAUAUAUUACCCCUGCUUAUGAUGAAAGAGGUACUUGCAUCGUAAAUAGAGCAGAGAACAUAAGAUAAACUGAUCAAAAUAUUUUCCUUUAUAAUUUAUUAGACUCAAUUAAUAAAGGGUUUAAUUGUAUGCUAUGCAUUAUUUCUAGCGUCUUGGACAUUAGAAAACAUUCUGAAAAUAACAUGUUCUUAAUCUUGAUAAUAAUUUUGGGAAUAUGAACACAAUCCUGACCAUGUUACGGAAAAGAUUAUAAACUGUUUGAGCUUUUUU